AUGUAUAACAUUAAACUUCGUUCUUCAAAUUGCUCACGCUGCUACACUGCUAAACUAACUCUAGAUUCUUUCUUGCAAGACUUCACUAACCUAAAAGCCUCAUUUUGUAAACCUAAUAAUUUUUCUAAUAUUUGUAAUAAUAACUUGUGUGAUAAUACCCUUAAUUCUAACCUUAAAAUAUUCUAUCAAAAUGUUCGUGGCCUUAAAACAAAAUUAGUUAGCCUCAGAUGUUCUUUCCCCAUGUUUCACUUUUAUGAUAUCAUUAUCCUCACAGAAACCUGGCUGACUUCUGACAUAAAUGACAGUGAACUUGGUUUCGCUGGCUUUCAAGUAAUAAGACUUGAUAGAAACCAUAAUAACAGCACUUCUACCCGAGGUGGCGGAGUUCUAAUUGCUAUCAAGAAUACCCGUUCCUUUCAACCUAUUUCACUAACCGUAUCUAAUGUUGAACAAGUAUUUGUAUUAUUGUCACUAAACUGUGGCCACUUAUUGGUAGGAGGUGUAUACUUACCCCCUCGAUCACCCCUUUCUGUAGUUGAAUCCCAUACCACUUCUGUUGAACACAUCAUUUCCUCUUAUAAACCAAAUUCCCUAGUCAUAUGUGGUGAUUACAAUCUCCCUAAUAUCAACUGGUCUUCUGAUGAAUUAGGAUUAAUCGGGACUAAUGAUCCCAGUAUAAUUUCCACAACUAUUAUUGAUUCUUUUUCUUACCUUAAUUUUUUCCAGCAUAAUUUCUUCCAAUUUCCAAUCUUUCCAAUUUCAAUCCAGGACGUUUUGACCAGCUUCAUUGAGUGGCAAAAUGGGGAAGGGGCUCUAGAGGGGCACGAAACCCCAUGCCACUUGCUCUUUCAUUCUGUACAAUCGGAAACUGUAAUAAUAGAUACCUUAACCGCAAUAUUAUUUAAAGUAAUAGUAAAUUAA